AGGACGCGUUGCGCGGCCCGGGCCGGAAGUCCUCGAGUUCCCGGGUGUGUGUCUGUGUCUGUGUCUCGGGGCGGUACGCCGCCGCGGUCAAGCACCUAGAGAGUCCGCGUCUGAAGCGUCACCGCUGUCACUGCCGCCACCAUACCGAAUCACUUCUGUAGAGGGACGGAGGCCCGGCUCUUCGCCGGGUGGAGAAGAUGUUGCCCCUGUCCAUCAAGGAUGAUGACUACAAACCACCCAAAUUCAAUCUGUUUGGCAAGAUCUCAGGCUGGUUUAGGGCCAUCCUGUUGGACAAGACAUCCCGGAACCUGUUUUUCUUCCUGUGCCUGAACCUCUCUUUCGCUUUUGUGGAACUACUCUACGGCAUCUGGAGCAACUGCCUCGGCUUGAUCUCCGAUUCUUUCCACAUGUUUUUUGACAGUACUGCCAUAUUGGCCGGAUUGGCAGCCUCUGUUAUUUCAAAGUGGAGAGAUAAUGAUGCUUUCUCUUAUGGGUAUGUUAGAGCGGAAGUGCUGGCUGGCUUUGUCAAUGGACUGUUUUUGAUCUUCACUGCUUUCUUUAUUUUCUCAGAAGGAGUUGAGAGAGCGCUGGCUCCUCCGGAUGUACACCACGAGAGGCUGCUGCUUGUGUCAGUUCUUGGCUUUGUGGUAAACCUCGUAGGAAUAUUUGUUUUCAAUCAUGGAGGUCAUGGACACUCUCAUAGCUCUGGCCAUGGACACAGUCAUUCCCUCUUUAAUGGUGCUCUAGACCACACCCACGGCCACGAAGAUCAUUGCCAUAGUCAUGAAGCCAAACAUGGAGCUGCACACAGCCAUGAUCAUGCUCAUGGUCACGGGCACUUCCAUUCUCACGGUGGUCCGUCCUUCAAAGAAACGGCAGGACCCAGCAGACAGAUUUUACAAGGCGUAUUCUUACACAUUCUAGCAGAUACACUUGGGAGUAUUGGUGUGAUUGCCUCUGCCAUCAUGAUGCAGAAUUUUGGGCUGAUGAUAGCAGAUCCUAUCUGUUCGAUUCUUAUAGCCAUUCUUAUAGUUAUAAGUGUUAUUCCUCUUUUAAGAGAGUCUAUUGGAAUAUUAAUGCAGAGGACUCCUCCCUCACUGGAAAAUACACUUCCCCAGUGCUAUCAGAGGGUGCAGCAGCUACAAGGCGUUUACAGCUUACAGGAACAGCACUUCUGGACACUCUGUUCUGAUGUUUACGUUGGGACCUUGAAGCUCAUAGUCGCCCCUGAUGCUGACGCCAGGUGGAUCUUAAGCCAAACACAUAAUAUUUUUACUCAGGCUGGAGUGAGGCAGCUUUAUGUACAGAUUGACUUUGCAGCGAUGUAGUCAAUGAAAAGAAAUUGUUUGAGGACCAAAAUUUCCCAGUACUGUACAGUCCAAAGCAUUGUACUACCCAGUGCUCGAAAGGAGAGACGUCAUCACUACAGCUCGGAAGUGCCACCCAGUGCAGGUGGAGCCAGGUGUGCUCGGGGAUCACAGCCGGAUCUGCACAGACUGUGGCCUUGUGUGCUCUUCCCGCCAAGCCAUUCUGAUUACCAAGGUUUCUGGGUUUGUUCUAGGGUGUUGGGUUGUCUUUUUUAAAAACUUUUUUCUGGGGGUUCUUGCUGAUCACCUUCAGCCCAUCCUAUCAUCAGACCCAGCUAGUGAGAAAUCCAGACCGUGGGCUGCCAAUCUUCUGAAUGUCUUCACUAAAGCUGCUGGAAACCACUGCUUUUAUUCCCACAAAACCAGUGUUGUUUUUACAAAAAGAAGUCAGUUUUCUAUGUGAUGUCACAGUUGUUGACGUUCUUCAGUGUAAUCAUAUGUUUGUAAAAUUGUUUGUACCUUGCAAACUUAUGAACCAAACCAUAUUGGGUUUUCAAAGUGCCUUUGUAUCCAAAAAUAUAUUUGCCAGCAUAGAAAUGUAAAUGUACCAUCAAAGGUCAUAUGUAUGUUUUUUUAAAUGAAUAUUCUGUAAUUUGUACAAAAUAAGACUUGCUAGUAACAUAUAUAAUUGUCUUUUGUGUAUCUCCAGCGUAGGGUUAAGUAUAUUAAAUUUCUUGUCUUAUGAGAAAGGACAUUAUUUUGCUUUAUAAAAAAUUCAGUGAUCACAUUAAGAUACUUUGUAGACUAUUUUCAAAAGUGCAAAUACAUUAGAAAAACUCAUUUAGACUGAAAAAUCUGCUCCAUUACGGAGUCUGUAAAACCUUCACCUGUUCAUGCUAAAUCUUCCAGUAGCUCCCCUUGUCAUUUUUAUAGAUUCUGUUAAUGAUGGGAAAAAGCACCACAGAGUUGCCAGAAAUAACUGUGACAGUGACAGUUUACAUCUUCAUAUUCUUUUCAGGUGCCAAGUAGUCCAUUUACUUUUCUUGGUUUUGUUUGCACAAAUACAAGUUUCUCCCAGCAAUUCUAUCUAGAACAGCAUUUGAUUGAGUGUGAGCUGCUAUCACUGUGGAGCAGAUGUGGGGAUGUAGAAUUCUUUCUAAAAUGGGUGUCUUACAAAUAGUUGAUUUUCUAGGUCUUGGGUGUGUGAACAAUAAAAUUCUGAUGGGCAUGAUGCACGCCUUUAAUCCCAGCACUCAGGAGGCAGAGGCCAGCGGGUCUCUGAGCUCCAGGACAGCCAGAGCUCUGUAGAGAGACCCUGUCUUUAAAUUACAAAUAAACAAUAAGCAAUUGGAGGUGACAGGUACUUAACACUCAAGUGUUCUUGGUGUUUUCUGAAGAGAUGCUGUUUGGGUGAACAUUUUCUCACUGUACUUCAUUUAUCCCUACAAAUAUCCCCUUUAUUUUAAAUAAGUUGAUAUUGUUAGCAAAAUUUAAAAAACCUUGAAAGGCAAAAAUUAAGAGUGUAGAUCAGUACAGAUGCUUUACCAGUAAGGUGGCAGGAUUUACUGGCGAUUUUUGCCCGAGUUUUUGAGUACCUUUUGUCCUACUUCUCAUCCAUACUUUAUGAGCUGCUCUAUAUUAGGAGCGCUAUACCAUCUCAACUGCAGCAGAACACCACACAAUGUCUGUGGUGCCCUUUUUGUAAAUCGAGUGCUGAUUUCAAACCCUCUUUGUUCUAAAGCUAAGACUCCCUGCAGUAAUUGUGUUUGGUUGAAACAGAUGUGGUCGUCUUCCAGGAGGGGAUGAACCAGUGGAAACAUCCUGGUCCUCUGCUGCUUUUUCAUUUCCGUUCUGAGUACCUGAGUCUGACAGACCCGGGGAGAGUCUGUGGGUUGGGGCAUGCCGCUGGACAUGACAGGUCUAGACAAAGGCACAGAUCAGAUGGGAACCUUUACAUCUGAUCCUAGGGACUCUGCCACACUGCACUCUUGGAGUCUACUUUGCUAGUCAUAAGAUUUGCCAGAUCUGCUUUUUCCACUGGGUCCUUAAUUCCAAGUGAAGUUUGUGUCAUUCUGUUUAACUAGACCCUCAGUUCACCAAUCCAUGAAUGUUGCUUUUUCCUUUGAUGAGGCAUAGAAUAUGCUUGAUGUGAAACUAAUUUUGCACUUUGUUCUAAGAGCUUGCCAGCUCCUAACUUUUAGCAGGUUGGCAUUUACAUUUUUGCUUAAUUAAAUGUUGGCAUACCCAUGUGAACAAAAAAAAAAUGUGAACAGAAACAACUUUUCACAGAAAGAAAGCUUGUCUUUUAGUGUUCUUGAUGCAUAUAUAAUUCUAACUAGUGGUUCCACUAAGAAAUAUUACCUGGUUAUGGUAAUAAAAUUAAUUCAGAAGACUCCUACCAUUAGGCUAAUAUUCUUUAAAAAAAAAAAGCCAAUCUGAGUGUAUAUUUACCAAUCUAUGAAUAACCAAAGUUUUUUCUCUGAAUAGCAAGCCCACUUUGUUCAGGAAGUUUACCUUACCAGACAAACAUCACCAACUAGGUGUAUUUUAAAAAUUCAUUGUAUUACUUGAUGAAGAACUUCUCAGCGUCCUCAUUUUGAAAGGUCCCCUGCGUCUUUCUGAAUGACAGUACCUAGUUAUGUGUGGGCUAGUGUUCCUCUACUGUCAUGCAUCCCUCUGGUAGUAGAGGCACAAGAUCAUGCCAACAAUGUCAUUGUGAUUUCCCUUUAUCUAGGUUCUUCAAAGCCUACACAUAAUGUACUGGUAACCAAAAUACUGUGACUUUUGUGUACCUCUCUAGAGCAGCCAAAUCAGUAACCCGCAACGGAGCUGAUCAGAACUCUCGUGUUUUUACAGACAGUAACGUGGGAGCCACCCUGGUGUAGAUCGCUGGGAUUUAAGAGUAGCGUGUUAUUUACCAUAGACUUUGACACCUAAGCAGAGACUGUGCUGGGAACAGUCUGGUUCUACCUCUCAUUUUCAGAUGAGAAGUCUGAGGUCCAGAAAAACUGUCAUUUCCUUAAGAUUACAGGGAUAAGUGGUGGCAAAGCCAGUGCUCAAGGGCGAUUAUCCGAUGCCAGAUCAGGAGUUCUUUACGCCGUACUGUGAUGCUUCCUGUGUGUCAUUGCCUUUCUGUAAAUGUGAUCAGCAUGGCUUGUGAAUAAAGAGCUCCGCCCUCUAGCCUUGGUACACGAAGGCACUUUAUAAAUGGGAUGUCGUCUGUUUUCAUCCGUAAUUGUGAAGUUUAGAUUAUUUCCAUAGUAUUUGUUGCAGAAUAAAUUAUAAUAACUAUGUUUUAUUCUUUCAAAACCAGCUCUUGACUUGGAAAAUGAUGUGAGUGAAUUUUUGUUAAUUUCCCAAGGCUCAGUCCAGUUUAAUGCUGGCUUCCUUUCCUACUUUUGCCUGUAUACUGCAAACUGGUUCCUUUAAGGUGCAGGCUGAUUCUGAGGUCAUGCCAUUUCAGCCCUGCCUGCCAUGUUCUUUUUCAGUCACUGGAGAGUGUUUUUACUUUAAAGAAAAAUUCUCAGAACUGUGAAAAUGGGGGCAGUAAGUGUAUGGAACACAUCUUUUACUUCAGUUGGGUAAAGUUCUGAAAUCUUAAUCAGAACUGCAAAUAUUAGGCCACUCUUCAUAAAUAUAUUACCUUGGCCAAGUUAAGGUCUUUUGUUUGUUUGUUUUUCUUCAAAGAGUCACCAUUGUUGAAACACAUUACUUUCUAAUUCUCUGAAGAACAUUCGUUAAACAUUCUAUGAAAGACUCUCAAGGUACGUUUUACAGAGGCCGCCUUAAUGAUUCAGAUCUCCACCACGGAGUCAGGACAAACAGUGAAAACUGGGUAUCAAGGAAAGUGUUUGCAGAAAUAUAGCAGAGAGGGGUAACUCUAUUUAAAGGCCAACUGGGCGGGGCUUUUUUGAUGAGGUAAUCUUUGGUUUAUAUUUAGCCAUUUCCUAACUGCAGGUAACACAGAAAACAAGGUAGAUAAUCUCUGCUAAAUAUCUCUGUAUCCAGGUACUUGGUGGCUUUUGUGUUCUCACAUUUAAUCCUCACACUUUUUAAAGAGAAUUUUAUGAUUGACGGCAUCUUAAAAUCUAGUCCAUGAUUCUCAUAGCAUGAGGAAGAGUCCUUAUCUGGGGAGAGUCUGGGCAUAGCAGCAACUCGAGUCUCUCUUGAUGACUGUUUUUAUAAGACCCAAGAAGUUGUAGCACAUCUGUGCAGACGCCUGGAAGUGAACACCCGAGGUGCCGUUGCCAUGGGAACAUUUACAAACUGCCUCCAGCCUGUUUCUUCCUGUGCUCUAUAUAUUUGCUUCAUAACUUGGCCUCAGGUCCAAAACCAUGCUGGGGGAAAUGGCGCUAGAGCUCCUUCAGUCCAUUUAAAAAGCAGUGAGGAGAAAGCGACAUUGGAAGUCAUGGCGGAGCUGUUCACCGACAUCCUCUGUGCCGUUGUGGAGAAGAGGGCCUACCCUCAAGAACAUCACUGGGGAAUUGUCUGCCAAAAAGCCCAGAUCAAUUUUCAGAGGAUUAAGUAGUAUCUGAUGUACACACUGCAUUUUACACAAGCCUUUUCAAUAUAAAAAGUCUGUUUCAUAAAUAGAAGCCUGUACCUCUACCACAGCUUUGAAUAUGAAUUUGUAAUUUUGGCCGUGAUGUUGGAAAGCAUAAAACCCAAAAAGAAGUCUUGUAUAUCCUUUCUACUUUGACUCAGUGGGUUUAUACUUACAGGCUCAUGAAAUAUUUAGUUACCAGUAACUCUGGGCCGACCAUAGCAGACACGAACUAGGGACAGGAGGAAGCUGAGACUCCUGAAAUAUCCCAGAAGUUCCGGUAUUUUUGUCUGGCCUGGAUUUCUAUUCAUCCUGUCCAUUUCUUCCCAGUAGGCCUGUGAGUUGCUCAAUCUCAGUUUUCUACUUUCCAUGUUGUUAGGGAUUUGGCAGAACCGAGACUGCUGUGGCCAUCUGGGUUGCACAGCCUCGCUAAGGACUGUGUCACCUUCCAUGGUUUGGUGGAGAGUUGCCAUAUUGCCAUAUCUUUUAAGGACUGUCUAUCGCCCACAACUAGUUUGUCAUCCCAGACUCUUUCAGUGAUAUCUCUUGGAGGUGUUUCUAAUGAAAACACCAUAUGUAUCAAGUAAUUUAAAUAUACCUAGAAUACACUUACAUUUCUGUCAUAUUUUUCUUGAAUUUUUUUUGUAUAUUUUCUCCCCUAAUUUGGAAACAAUAUGACUGAGAAUUUGCCAGCUCUCAUCUCCAUAUAUUCUGAACGUGCCCACAUUCCACCUUCCUGCUCUUGAUGGUUUUAAACAUGGCCAAUUCUGGAUUUGGGGUUGAUCCCUUUGGGAAAGAUGGUAGUCUCAAAACAUUCUAACAGUGUUUACAUACAAGGCUGGGUAGGAAUGUCACAGAUGAGCAACCUGGAAGGUGUGAAAAUGCCACGGUGAGCGAUGAGGGCUUGCCCAAGUGCCCUACCACAGAGCCACAAAGUCACUUUCCCUUUGUCUCCAUGCGCACAUUCACGAAUUUUGUUUAACGGCGAUGCAUUUUAAAAUGAUCAUAAACAUCUGUGUUGGAAAUUGUUUUUAAUUAAAUUUCUGUUUAAAAGUC